GAGUUGAUAAAUGAUCCUUUGUACAUUGGUCUGAAACACAAACGAAUCCGAGGCCAGGCUUAUGAUGAUCUUCUAGAUGAAUUUAUGGAAGCUGCAGUUUCCCGUAGCAGAGAAAAGCCUUUAUUAUAUGAAGAUGACAAGGAACAUACAUGGCAAUUUGUAGAAUGGCUAGCAGAGCAAGAAAAUGUACCAAACAUAUUUCCUUAUACUGAGUUGAUAAAUGAUCCUUUGUACAUUGGUCUGAAACACAAACGAAUCCGAGGCCAGGCUUAUGAUGAUCUUCUAGAUGAAUUUAUGGAAGCUGCAGUUUCCCGGUAUGGCAGAAACUGCCUCAUUCAGUUUGAGGAUUUUGCCAACCAAAAUGCAUUCCGCCUUCUGAAUAAAUAUCGCAACUUGUACUGCACUUUCAAUGAUGACAUUCAAGGAACAGCAUCUGUAGCUGUUGCGGGUCUCCUUGCUGCACUCCAGAUUACUCAAAAUAAACUGUCUGAUCAUACAAUACUCUUUCAAGGAGCUGGGGAGGCAGCAAUGGGCAUAGCCAAUCUUCUCAUUAUGGGCAUGGAAAAGGAAGGGACACCUAAAAAGGAAGCCGUAAAAAAGAUCUGGAUGGUUGAUUCAAAAGGAUUAAUUGUAAAGGGUCGUGUUUCAUUAACACCUGAGAAAGAAGUGUUUGCUCACCAGCAUGAGGAGAUGAAAAAUUUAGAAGACAUUGUUAACAAAAUAAGGCCAAGUGUUCUUAUAGGAGUUGCUGCAAUUGCUGGUGCAUUCACAAAAAAUAUUAUCAAGAAUAUGGCUUCCUUCAACAAACGGCCAAUAAUUUUUGCACUCAGUAACCCAACCAGCAAAGCAGAAUGCUCUGCUGAGGAUUGCUAUUAUCUAACCGAGGGACGAGGCAUUUUUGCAAGUGGAAGCCCUUUUGAUCCAGUCACUCUUCCAGAUGGACGCAGGUUUUAUCCUGGACAGGGGAAUAAUGCCUAUGUAUUUCCCGGAAUUGCCCUAGGCGUUGUUUCAUGUGGAGUGAGAAACAUAAGUGAUGAAAUUUUUCUCCUUACUGCAGAGGUUAUAUGUCAACAGGUAUCAAAGAAGCAUUUAGAUGAAGGCCGUUUAUAUCCACCUUUAGUUGCAAUUCAAGAUGUCUCUCUUAAAAUUGCUGCAAAAAUUGCAGAGCUAGCCUACAAAAACAAGACGGCAACUUUCUACCCUGAACCAGAAGACAAGGAAGCAUUCAUCAGGUCUCAGAUGUACAACACUGACUAUGAAAGCUUUCUGACAGACUCUUACAUUUGGCCCGAAAAAGCAAUGAAAAUACAGACAAGAAAAGUUUAACCAGAGACCACAACACUGUAACAAUGGAGCACUCCACAAAAGGGUUGAUUUCUGUCUUUUGUUAACCCAGAACUCCGUUUUUAGCAGCAGUGUAUUUUAAACCUGUGGGCUUGGGAUUAGAAAUGUUAAUGUUCUUUCACUUUAAGGUACAAUUAUAAACCUAUAAGCAAAUGAAAAUAAUUUGGAUAUAAUAAUUUCCUUCUUCUUUGGUCCUGCUAGGCAGCACUUACUGCAGGAGGAAAAUUCAGUAAAAGCUUAUUCUUCAUAAGUGUUGACAUCUGUACAAAAUGGUGGCUCUGUUAACUAGUUUUGCCAUUAAAUUCAGAUGAAGCAAUACUGUGAUAAACCAUGUAUCAGUAGGAUUACUUAAAAGCAUGGUUGGGGAUGUUUAAUUUAUCAGGGCUACUGUAAUUUCUCCCGUCGUUCGUCAACUUGCCUGUUAGCGUACCUUUGUGGGAGAUUUUCAGAUACGUUUAAUGGUGCCCUCUCAAGACUAUUCUAUGCCUACUUGAUCUAUGGUUGUCGCUUGUAAAUCAAUGAGCAGUGUCAUUUAGUGA